CAGUCACAACACACUCGCCCAGGUAUCGCGAGACUGCGCGCCGAGACUUCCUGUGACAGGCGUCCCGACAGCGCCAGAAGGGGCCUCGCGGCCGUUUUUUUAGGUGUCUUCAUAAAAUGCCUGCUCGCGAGCUUUUCUCUUUUUUUCCAAGAUGGCGUCGAUGAGGGAGAGUGACACCGGCCUGUGGCUUCACAACAAGCUGGGCUCCGCUGAUGAGCUGUGGGCGCCUCCGAGCAUCGCCUCUUUGCUCACGGCCUCCGUCAUAGACAACGUGAGAUUGUGUUUCCAUAACUUGUCCUCCGCCGUCAAACUGAAGCUGCUGCUGGGGAUUCUGCACCUCCCGCGCCGCACAGUGGAUGAGAUGAAAGGAGCACUGACGGAAAUCAUUCAGCUCGCCACUCUAGACUCUGACCCCUGGAUACUGAUGGUAGCCGAUAUCCUGAAAUCCUUCCCUGACACAGGAUCCCUGAAUCUUGAUCUCGAGGAACAGAAUCCAAAUGUGCAGGACAUAUUGGGAGAGCUCAGAGAGAAAGUCAGUGAAUGUGAAGCAUCGGCUAUGCUGCCACUCGAAUGCCAGUACCUCAACAAAAAUGCCCUGACUACCCUUGCUGGACCUCUCACGCCCCCAGUGAAACAUUUCCAGCUAAAACGAAAGCCAAAAAGUGCCACACUCAGAGCAGAGCUCUUACAGAAAUCAACAGAAACUGCACAGCAGCUGAAGAAAACUGCAGGGGUUCCAUUUCACUCAAAAGGACGAGGUCUGGUCAAAAAACUGGACACAACAACUCCUCUCAAAGGUAUACCAAAGCAGGCACCAUUCAGGAGUCCAACCACACCAAGUGUAUUUAGUCCGACUGCUAACAGAACACCUAUAGCGCCCUCCAGAACGCCCUUGCGCAAGGAGAGAGGUGUAAAGUUAUUAGACAUAUCUGAGCUUGACAUGGUUGGAGGUGGUCGGGAAGCGAAGAAGAGAAGAAAGACUGUUGAAGCAGAAGUUGUUGAGAAACCACCAAAGGAGGAGACUGUAUUGGAAAACCCUACUCCAGACUAUGCUGCUGGCCUCGUCUCUACACAGAAACUGGGUGCCUUGAACAAUGAGAGUGCACUUCCAUCUACAAGCUAUUUGCCAGCAACACCCAGUGUGGUGCCAUCCUCCUCCUACAUUCCAACGUCUGAAGGACAGCAAGCUGGACCAGUUCGGGAAGCCUUGCAAGCCACACGGCAGCCAGAGGAGCCCACAGCAGCCAACACCACUCUUCCAACACAGUUUAAACAAAGGACACCGAUGUACCACAGUAACCCAAAUGCUGCCACCACUACUCCUUCUCCUGCAGCAACCCCUACCUCUCCAUUAACUCCUGCUGCAACUCCAGCAGCAACCCCAGCAGCGCCGGCUCCUCAGCUAACCACUCAAACGCAGCCUCAACCCAAGAAGAGCCUUUCUCUCACGAGGGAACAGAUGUACGCCGCACAGGAGAUGUUCAAGACGGCAAACAAAGUCACAAGGCCAGAGAAGGCUCUUAUUCUUGGUUUUAUGGCUGGAUCCAGAGAGAAUCCUUGCCCAGAGCAGGGCGAUAUCAUUCAAAUCAAACUCAGCGAAUACACAGAGCAAUUGCCAAAGGCUGACGGUACGGGCAGCACCACCAUGUUAGUGGAUACAGUGUUUGAAAUGAACUAUUCUACUGGCCAGUGGACCAAGCUCAAGAAGUACAAGCCAAUAACCAACGUCUCUUAGGAAUUCCCACAAUUCUCCCAUGGACCAAAAAAAAAAAAAAAGUGACUGAUGAGAAUAAAACAGGUCAUUAUUGAGGAAGUGAAGGACAUUUCCGAUGCCUUCCAACCCUGAUGGAUCUCUGCGUAUUCCCCACAAUUCAUACAGGACUUCUUAACGGUGAUUGGCCAGUUUGUUUUUUUUUUUUUUGUAUUAAAAGAACAAUGUUUUAAUGUUAA